GGGGGUGAGUGCUUAACUCUUAGAAGCACAGGGUGUGAGGCCAAGGGACUGGCUUGCCUGGCCCUGAGGAUGCGGAAGAGCAGCCGGUACGGGACGCGGGGUCUUCCUGCUACUACAGCAGCGGCAACGAAGAGGUUAUUUCCCCAGCCCAGGCUGGGGAAUAAAUUGAGGGUGCGAGGCGUCCCCACCCUCGGGAUCUGCCCGUCACAAUGGCCACAGGAAGAGUCCUACUCUGCUCUCUGCUGCUCCUGUCGCUGCAGCCGGGCCUCGGCAGGGGCCCUGGUGCUCGGGGGGCUCCGGUGGCGGAGGAAGAGCCACGAGGGACCCUGAGGCCACAGCUAGGUAAGAACCCCCCCGGACCCCGCACGACUCCCCCACUCCUUCCUGCUCAGACCCUGCUCGCUGUCAGCUGCCCCUUGUCCCCUGCAGGUGCCCGCCUGCGCAGAGCCCUGGCCGGCCCGUGCCAGCUGUGGAGCCUGCCCCUACCUGUGGCCGAGCUGGGUCUGGGCUACGCUUCCGAGGAGACGGUCAUCUUCCGCUACUGUGCAGGCAGCUGCCCCCGCGGUGCCCGCACCCAGCACGGCCUGGCGCUGGCCCGGCUGCGGGGCCAGGGCAGAGCCCACGGCGGGCCCUGCUGCCAGCCCACCCGCUACACCGACGUGGCCUUUCUCGAUGACCACCACCGCUGGCAGCGGCUGCCCCAGCUCUCGGCGGCUGCCUGCAGCUGCGGCGGCUAAGGGCGCCAGGCCUGGGGCCCUGCAGCCGCUUGAGGAGCUCUGCUGACCUAUUUAUCGGAGACUUGGAUGCCGAUGAGAUCAGAGGGGCGGUGGGCUGGGGGCCGCCUGCAAGAGCAUA